GUAUGUAAAAUCAUCACCAAUUUAACCACUGAUUUGUUCUACAUUAAACAUCAUAUGUCAGUAUACAGUUUGUAGGACACCAGGUAAAAUGCUUUACUAUAAAAGUUAGUUUUUUUUAAUGAACUAAUAGGACCAGGAACUUAUGAUAUGUUAUUCAAAUGAAAUGUAAUGAAUUAAUGCAGAUUUUUUACUUGUACUAAUAGGUUUGUGUAGAAUUUAAACAAAAAAGCAAAGGAAAUGGAUUUUAUUUAGGUUUCCGAAGAUGGGUAACACAACAUGGUAUAAUUACGACCACCAUGUUCGUAUGUGUUCAAAGGCUUCAUAUUACACAGUUAAUCAUACAUUUAAUGUAUACAGUGACUGCAGUGUUGCUGGCAUCAGUCUUCUUAUUACAAUCACCAUCAUAUUAAUAGUAACCAGUAUAUUCGGAAACCUGUUAGCAGUGGUUGUAAUUCAUGGCAACAAAAACUAUUGGAACCCUUAUGGGAUAUGCAGAGUGUGGCUUGCACUGUGGGACUCUAUGACAGGGAUAUUAUACAUGCCUGCACACCUCUAUAUUAUGAUCAAUGUGUUUUUUAAAGAAGAUUGCUUUUCGGGAGAAAACAAAUCAUUUGUAAAAGAAGCACAAAUGAAAGUGUAUGGGAACACAACACUCAAUAUUAAGAUGAACGCCAUGAGUCUGCAAAUUAAAAUCCUAGGGUUUGAGCUGAUGCAUGAUACUGUUAUAGUGCUUAUGAGUUUUGUACUGGCAACAUAUAUUCUUAUGACACCUUGGAUUUUAAUGGUGAUGUCAGUUGACCGAUAUGUGGCAAUUGUCUUUCCCUUUAAAUACAGCAAGUGGUCAAGCAAAAAGAAAAUGGUCAUCAUAUUGUUGGUGGCUACCGUAAUUGUUGUUUUCUGUGGCACAGUAUGGCCACUCGCACAUUUAGAGCUUUUUUCUCCAGGAAUAAACAACAGGUUUGGAAUUGGAGCAACAUUUAUAUUUGGAAGAUUUAAAUUCUUUGAAUCUAAAGAAAUUAUGUUAUAUUUUCUCACAUGGGGUCUACCAUUGCUUGUUGUGUGUGGUUUUGGAUCCUACACAGCUUAUUAUUGCCUCAAUGUGAUAUUUUUUAAUUGCACACAGGAGCGAAUCAGAGAAGUACUGAGAAUGUAUCCAGUACCGUUCAAUCACAAGGAAAGACUAAAUCUACUUAUUGUUGCUGUAAAAGAAAACAAGUCCUUCGAAAAACAAGCCGAAACAUAAACAAAAUUUGGGUUGCGUUUAGAGAAACAAGUCAAAACGAAGUGAAAGAUGAAGCACUUGAAGCCUUUUGGAUUCUUAUUAUUAUGACAGUGAUGUUUCUGAUUAGUUUGUGUCCUAUGUUUAUCGUGACGGCUUUUGUGCCAGUGCCUUGCGACGAAGCAGUAGGAUGGACAUUGCUAUUUACCUUUGUACAGCUGAUACACCUCAGCCAUUCAAGUCAGAACGUCAUAAUAUAUAACUACAGAUCAAAGGAGUUUCGAGAGCAUGGGAAGAAGUUGAUAAAAGAUGGGUUUUUACGUUUCAAAAAGUGCAAAUAUAAUUAGGUUUUCGUUGCUAGUUAACAUUAUUUAAAUAUUCUUUUUUUUACGCAGAUGAGGUCCUAUAAUCUUCAUGCCAUGUGACCUAUUUGGCCAAAGUGGGCCCAUUUUAUUUUAUUAUGAAUUCUUAAAAAUACACAUGUUGAAAGUAAACUUUUUAAAAUCAUUUUGUAUGCGUUAUU